AACCGGAUAUAAACCCUUCAUAAAGCGAACGAACUUGUCUCUUCGUUUCUACUAAUCCCCAUGUACUCAACCCAUGUUAUCGCUUUCGGUAUCCCGUGUGUUAUUGCACUGGUUGCUGCUUUUGGUCUAACUCGCAGACGUGUCUACCCUUUGCCUCUGCCGCCUGGCCCUCACCCCUUACCAUUCUUACUCCAAUUGGACACUAAACAACCUUGGCUCACAUAUACUGCAUGGGCAAAUAAAUAUGGAAAAAUCAUCCACUCCCGCCUCCUUGGGAUCGACUUUAUAAUCAUAAACUCCGAAGCCAUCGCGCGGGAAUUACUGGACAAGCGUUCUGCAAUCUACUCGGAUCGCCCAGUCAUUCGCACCAAUGAAUUAUAUGGGCUGGCUUUCAACACCGUGCUCCUUCCGUAUGGUGAGACUCUACGACGACAUCGCAGGAUCUACCAUCAAAUCCUCGGGGCUGAAGCCUCCGGCUCAUACCACGAGAUGUACUCUCGCCACGCAAACGAACUAGUCGUCAAUCUCUUGGAUCCAAACAGUGACCCGCAGGCACUGACGCAAGUAUUCACGGGCUCCCUGAUCAUGGCAGCGACAUACGGAUACUCUGCUCACGGAAAUGAAGACUCGCUUCUUGCCCGCGCGUAUGAACUCGUUGAUAUUGGUAAACAUAUUAUUUCUCCCGAAAGGGCUGCCAUGUUCACAGCCUUUCCUUUCCUUGAAAAAUUACCAUUUUGGUGCUUUGGCGGGGUCUUUGCUCUAAUGGGACGCAGUAGAGAGUUAGCUCAGCAGCUUUUGAACGAGCCCGUUGAUAGAGUGAAGGCACAGAUGGCAAAUGGUACUGCUUCACACUCUUUAGUCGCUGACUUCCUCAGUCAAGCUCACGACGACGCUGGCGAAGACACGAUGAAGGGUGUUGCGUUAACAGGAUUCUUAGCCGGCAUAGAGACGACUGCAUCUACAUUGCAGGUAUUCCUGCUGGCUAUGGUGCUCUUCCCUGACGUCCAAGCUCGGGCUCGUGCAGAAAUCGAUCAAGUUGUGAGGCACGAUGCAAUGCCGUGCAUUGAUGAUAGGGCGUCACUACCCUACCUUGACGCCAUUCUACGCGAGGUCCUGAGAUGGUAUCCUGUCGCCCCCUUAGGAGUUCCACAUACAACAUCAAAUGAUGAUGUUUACGGCGGGUAUUUUAUACCCAAAGGUGCGAUAAUAAUGGUUAAUCAAUGGGCGCUGUCUCGGGAUGAAGACACGUUUCCUGAUGCAUCACGCUUCGAUCCUAGUCGCUACCUGACAGCUGAUGGCAAGCUCAAGGACAAUCUCGUCAAUCAUUUCGCCUUUGGUUAUGGCAGGCGCAUUUGUCCUGGCCGGUGGUUUGCGGAGAACGGUCUCUGGACCGCUGCUGCUGCCAUACUCGCCGUCUUGCGCAUCGAUCAUGCCAAAGACUCGAACGGAGACAAAAUCGAGGUGAAGCCGGAAUUCACCACCGGUUUGGCGAUUCACCCUAAACCUUUUCGCUGCUCGUUUGAAAGCGUGAAUACAGCAAGAGAAGGACAGCUUCGAGCCACGAUGGCAUCGAAGUAGGCUGUUAUCAGUUAUUUGUACUCGUGGUGGACUGUCUUAUAAGUAGUCUCAGGCACUUGUAGUACUGGCAGGUCAUCAGAGGGCCCGUAAUCAGCCAUUGACCAGAAUUGGCCGGGGUAACAUCAUUGCUCGGAUCAUUGUUGUCCAGGUUGGUGUCGGUGUUAGGCAAGGUCACAUCCGCAUCAUGCUCUGGAGCACCCGGAUCGAAAUGUAUGGCAUAGU